AUGACUCGCCCCGCUGUCUCCUCGCCCCUCGCCACAUCCUCCCAGCCAACUCUCCCCGCAGAGAAGCGCGUCCUGCCAAAGCGCAACCCCUCUUUCCCAUCCUCGCGCGCUCUCCGCCCCUUCCCAACCAUUUCACAUAUCAUGCAGCCCGCUCUCGCAGCAAAGGCUUCCACCACAAAUGCCAAAACAACAAAGCUCAUCGAGCCUCCAAAGAAUUACAAGGCAACCUUUGUCCUCGACCUCACCCAGGCUGAAUUCAGCCGCCAGGACUGUUGA